GGUGGCCUCGGUGCCCGCCUCGCCGGGCACCCGGCAGGAAGUGGCUCCGGCGCGGCCCGGGCGCGGCCUCGGCGGGGCGCGCCUCCUCCCGGGGCGUCGCGGGCCAGCCGGAGCCGGAGCCCAAGCGCCGGGAGCGGACCUCAUGGCGGCGCGGGCGCCCGAGGGCCCGGGGGACGCCGCCUCGGCCGCCCUGGACGAGCUGUCGCGGAACUUCACGUACGGGGCGCUCGGCGCCGGCAACGGCUCCCUUUCGGGCGCGUGGUACCGCAGGAACCAGAUUCACCUUUUUGGAGUUUUGCUGGCCAUUUUAGGAAACUUGGUAAUCAGCGUCUCCCUAAAUAUUCAGAAAUAUUCUCAUCUGCAUCUUGUCCACCAAGAACACCAGAGGCCAUUCUUCAGGAGUGUGUUGUGGUGGGGUGGGAUCCUACUGAUGGCUGUAGGAGAGACUGGAAACUUUGCAGCCUAUGGAUUUGCCCCCAUUACUCUCAUCGCUCCAUUAGGCUGUAUGUCUGUUACAGGUAGUGCCAUUAUUUCUGUUGUGUUUCUGAAAGAAAAUUUGAGAGCCUCAGAUUUGCUAGGCAUGACAUUGGCAUUUGCAGGAACAUAUUUAUUGGUGAACUUUGCUCCAAAUAUAACUCAGUCUGUCUCUGCAAGAACAGUACAGUAUUACUUUGUUGGCUGGCAGUUCCUCAUCUAUGUGAUUUUAGAAAUACUAGCUUUCUGCAUUCUCCUGUAUGUUUAUAAAAGAAAAGGAAUGAAGCACAUUGUGAUUCUGCUAACCCUGGUGGCACUUCUAGCCUCAUUGACUGUUAUUUCAGGAAAAGCCGUCUCAGGCAUGAUCACAUUUUCUGUGAUGGAUAAAAUGCAACUAACUUAUCCCAUCUUCUAUAUCAUGUUUAUCGUCAUGAUAGCAUCUUGUGUUUUCCAAGUCAAGUUCCUGAAUCAAGCCACGAAACUCUACAAUACAACGACGGUGGUGCCAGUGAACCACAUAUUCUUUACAACCAGUGCCAUUAUUGCAGAACAACAGAAGAAAGAAAUGGGAGAGGAGACUGGCAAUGAGAAUGGAGCUGAGGUAGCACGUCACUGCUACAGUGUCCUCCAGCGCCUGAGGGAGCGUGUGGCCACACCAGCAGACCGCAGGGCCUUGCCAAGAGUAACAGCACGGACAACAGCUGGCCUGAAGUGCACAUGCUAUGUCAGAAGCCCCAGGGUCCGCCCAGCCUCUCAGGUCAGGCUUACUGACCCCUGGCCUAAAACCGUAGGUAUCAUAUUUUAUCAGGAAUUCCUUGGAGCAGCUUUUCUCACUGUAUUUAUCUAUCUUUUUGGGUGUUUUCUGUCAUUCCUUGGUGUGUUCUUGGUCACAAGAAAUCGAGAAAAGAAACAUCUGCCACAGUCUUACAUUGAUUUUGGAAAUAUUCCUGGGAAACAAAUGUUGGACAAAAUACAACCAGAUUCAGAUGGCUUAUCCUAUGGAACUUUGCCUAAUGGGAGUGACUCAACAAAGAGCCAAAGUGGAGAGAAGAAAGAGGUCUAGAAUGCCAGAGGGAUGGCUGUUGGCCUGCUACUCAGACCACCUUUGUAAAAGAUUGCACGUGUUCAGUUUGUGUCAGCAGCUAUUUUACACUGACAUGUGCUAGCAUUAGUCAGUCCUUUACCCCACCCCCUUCCUACGGACCAUCAGGGCCUUCUUAGACUUUGACAGACUAAUAUUUUUGUGGAAUGUAGUGUGAAGUGUUCCCCGCACCCUGGACCUCUCCCCAGUGAUCGUCUAACCAUCUAGGUCUUCAUUAGAGCCUGGCAAACCAAGCAGGAAUGUCACACAAAAAUGUGCAUUCACGAUUUGGCUGCAGAACACAUAGGCUGCUUUCCCCACAUGGCUUAUAGUGUCAGUUGCUUUGAUUUAAAGAAACACUUCACCCUACAACCCCACUCCUGAACCAAGGGUUUGAGAACAUUCAUUUUUCCUAAGACAUCUUUUAUGAGCCUCUCAUAAAGAUCUCACGUUUCUGUUCCUGAAUUAGAAUGGUGAAUCACCUUUUCUGAAAACUAGCCCUCUAACAACCAUCCUUUGAAAAUUGAGGGUGUCUUUAAAAUUAGUACUUGUAAGUGGCAGUCUGUGAUGGUGCAUACCAAAACUAAAGGCCCUUGGCUAGUGGACUUUUUAAGAUUGAGAAAGGAAAAAAUUAAGAAGUAGGACCAGUUUUUUAAAAUAAAAAUAUAGAAUGAUGACAUCUUAUUCAGCUGUAUGGUCCUAUUAUACUUAACUUGAAACUGGAAACUGCAUAUCCUACUGCCUGGAUUUGUUUAGUGCUUAUAAUUUAUCAAGUGUGUUUAUAUGUUUUAACUCUCAACACAAGUCUCAAAAAUUGUGUUUAUAUUCUUAGUGACAUUUUCACUAACACACUAUUUCUUCCCCAAGUCAUUAUCUCAAGCUUUAUAAAUUCUUUUAAGUAAAAGGAUAGUUAUGAUUAGGAAACUGGAUUUCAGCCAUUUUCAGUCUGUAGACACAGCACCUAGCCAGGUGGUCUCUGAGUCUAGAGGGGAAGGCAGGUGCUCCUGUACCCUGGCUUUUCUGGUGCUAUUAGUCACAUAUGUCUACUAAGACCCAUUUGCAGGUAGAGUCCAUAAUCAUAUCUGUUGUUUAUUAUCUACCUAAUAUUUAAAUGAGAAGAAAAGAACUAAUCUUCAUUGUAACCAACAUCAAAUAAUAGGUCCUAUCCUUAAUGACAGUUCAAAACCUUCAGGUCACUUCUGACAUGCCAGAACCAUACUGUUACAGCAGUUGUCUUGCAUUUGUAUAGGUUGUUUACCUCAGAGGUACUGAGACCAAAACUGAGCUGCUUCAAGUCUUUCUUUGUCAUAAUUGCACUUCUGACCAGCCAGACGUGGCCACAAAGGGGAGAUUUGAAUCCAUCACCAAUAUAUGAAUAAUAGCCUAGAGCCCAUGUCUGGUUUUUGAACUCCUGGUAACAAUUCUUGCCAUUGUGGAAAGUGUCUCCUUAAUUCAAAUAAAAGUCUUAUAAUUUA